UCGAUCUCAUCAAAAUUAAGUCUGCAGUUGAGUUAAAUGGGGAAAUCUAGUGUUUUCAAAGCUUUGUGCAUCUUAGCCAUCUUUUUGGCUUCACUACUACAAAUUGGUUCAGCAAGACCACUAGGAGGAGAGGAAUGGUUCAAGAAGGAUGGGCUUCUGCUCCAAUCUCUUCAAAGGGGUCCGGUGACGGGUUCCGGUCCGAAUCCCUGCACUUAUAUUCCCGGUCGUGGUACGGGUACUUGCACCUUGAACGGCAUGAAUGUGGCCGGCCAUGUUGCGGCUCCAGCAAUCAAGGAUCGGACCACGGUUAAGGAAGCAAGUUCGUGAACAACUUAUGUGAAAAGGUGGAGAUAAGUUUAGCCAAGAAAAAUACAAUUGAUUCAACUACUCUUAGUUUCUUUUGUUUUUCUUGUAUUAAAUUGAGUUUAUACUGUAAAGUUUUCUUUCUAUUUUUUUUUCAACCUGGGACAAUUUUCCCAAGUUUGAUUGUCGGUCAAUGUAAAUGUUACUUCAAAAUAAUUGGAGGAUUCAUUCUUUUA